GCUGAGUAUCAAUAUUUUAUUCAGUAUGAGCGCAGAACCAUCGGAGGAAAGCCAACGAGGAGCAGAUGAAGACCGAGUGUCGACGCCGGGGGGGAGUGACUCGAAGAAAACAACACUGAAAAGAACUCCAUUCUCAAAGUUUAAGAGCGUGCACUCCCACUUCAAAUCACCUCUUCAAGUAAGUGAGAGUGCUCGGAUUAGCCCCGCUGAGGAGGUGGCAGAGCUGCAGAGGAGGAGAGCGCAGCUGGAUACAGAGAUAGCACAGCUGGAGGCCGAGGGAUACAAAGUGGAGGAGCUGGAUCAUCAUAUUGAUAUGCUGCAUGAAUACAAUGAUAUAAAAGACAUUGGACAGACACUCCUUGGUCGUAUUGCUGCUCUGAGGGGAACCACCACACGGGAUCUCUACACGCACUUUGGUCUGGAUUUGGAUGACUGAAAGAAUUAAAAGAAUGAAAACACUGUGGUGAGAUAGGUCAUCCGGUCCAAGAGGAGAAAAUGAUUACAUUUUAGGACCAUAGAACUUUUGAAUGGAAUUACAUAUAUUAGACUGGAGGACUCUUUUAACAUGAGGCUGCACUUUCUGUUGGUGAUUGUUUCUUGCAUUUGUUCACAGAACUUAAGCAUACAGUCAUAUUAUUAAAAGGUUGCUUGUUGUCCAGAUCAUUACUUUGAAGCAAGUGACAAUGUUGAAAUGUUUCAGCUUAUUUCUGAAAUAUUAAGACAAAAGGUUUGAAAUAACUUGCAUUGUUUUGGUGUUCCAGAGCUUAGAUAAACAUGUGA